AUGAAAAUGGAUCCUUCAGAUGAGAAAGAAACAAAGGACGAAACAGCACAACCAGUUAGCAGACAAGAUAGCCAAAUUCUAAAAGAAAGUGUUAUUAAAAGUAUUUAUGAUUCACUUUCUUCGGCAAAAAGUCGGAAAGUCACUUUAAAUCAAAUAUGUCGUUGUUUACAAAUGCUUAGUCAAUGUCCUACUUCAGCUACUUUGGAUAAAAUCUAUUCUGAUUAUACACCUGAAGAUAUGGAAGGGAUUGGACCAGAGAGUAUCGCUAUAGAUUUGGAUCAAUUUACUGAAAUAAUUCAAACAUAUUCCUAUACAAGAGAAGAAAGAUUGAAUCAAUUGAAUAAUGCAUUUCUGUUCUUUGAUAAAAAUGAAUCUGGUGUCGUGGAUACAGAACCAAUGAAAACAAUGCUGUUAACUGUCGGUGACUGUUUUACAGAUAAGGAGUGUAAUGAAUUUUUUAAAGAAGCUGCACCUGGAACAGAUGGCAAAUGGCCUUAUGAUGAUUUUGUUAAAAAGCUGGUUGAUGCUUAUCCACGUCCACAAUCAAAGAAGGCGAGAUCUGCAGGAACAGGUAAAAAGAAGAGUGCUAGAAAAUGA